AAGAUUUUGAAAAAUCUGCCCAUCCUCACGGAAGUCAGCGAUAUGAAAAUUGGGUGGUGGAGAUGCUCAAGAAAGAACUGGGGCGCGAUCUUUUUACGUGUUUUGAGCAUCUAAAAGAAUACAACAAUUCUUUAAUGAUUAAUGAAGAUGUCCGCUCUGAGGAUGCCCUUCGCUAUCUAAAGGAAAAUAUAAACUAUAAGUCAUCGACCGAUAUGGAAAAGAAACUUUGUGUGCUAUUUGACGAUGCUGUUUCGGCUAUCGAAUGCUCCAUCCCAGUGGUGAGUCCAGGUUUGCAAGUGUUGGAGCAACGUCUUGUUGAUAAGUUAUCUGGCGAUGGCAACAAAUCGAAGGGAAUUAUUUUUGUGAAAACAAGGCUGGUUGCUUUUGCUCUUCUCAACUGGCUUAGAUGUUCCGCGUCUUUAGAAGGGUUGGUGAACAAUCCCUCUGUUGUGAUUGGUUGCGGCCAAAGAAAUGGACUCGGUGGUAUGCCCAAAGCCAAACAAGAUCGGGAGAUAAGAAACUUUCGCAACGGUGACAGCAACAUCAUUGUAGCCACAUCAGUCCUACUUGAAGGUAUAGAUGUCCCCGAUUGCAAUUUCGUCAUCAACUAUGGCAUGCCUGGUAACGAAAUAACGUUUAUGCAAGCUCGUGGCCGAGUAAGGUCACGAGAGACUGGUCACGACAGUUGGCAAUACGAGAUUAUCGUACCACAUGAUCAAGCCACGAUGAAGGAGCGUGAUAUGGAAAAGGAGAAAUUAAUGAAAGACGCACUUUUGAAAGUAAUAAAUCAAAACAAAGAAGAAUUUGACAAACAGUUGGUCGAAAUCCAACAGAAAAUACUCGAAGAGUACAAUAAAAUGUCGACUAAGAAUCCUGCCAAAGAUGUCACAGAUGAUGUAAAAUUGUUCUGCAAGAAAUGUGACGUGUUUGCAUGCAAGGCAAAAGACAUAAAGAAAUGCUAUACUUCUUAUAUUGUCCCCGAUUACACGGAAAAUCUUCCUAACGCCAGCUUUGAAGCCAUUGAAGGCGCGCCAAGCACCGGUAGGUGUCCUGGAUUUGAUAUGAUCGGGAAGACAGUCUGCAAGAAUUGUGGUUUCAACUGGGGUAAACGAGCAAGGAGCGAGCACGGGGAUUUUCCACUUCUGAAAAUUGCUAAUUUCCGCGUUGAAAUUGGUACUUUAAAUGGAAGACGAUUGUACAAAAGUGGUCUGACUUUCCCUACAAAUUGGAGAAAUUUGAUUCUGCUGCAUUCUAAAACCGAAUAGAUAUCUUAACAGAAGUCCACUCGUCUCGGAACCUUUGAUGUUUGUGUCCCCCACUUUUCUGGAGCAAAUUCUAAGCAGACACGCCUUCCAGCAAGAUACUUCCGCUAGAUCGCAAUAGAAAAUAUAGAUGUUUUCACAAAUGUAGCGUUUUGCACUACAAAAGCUUUGAACUUUAUAUUCUCUGCAAGAUGAUAACUCUUUAUAAAAAUUUCGGCAAACUUUAGCUUCAAACGUGAAUUAUCAGUACAAUACUAUUCCGUAUUGAUUUUGUGAAAGUAUCUUGCUGGGAAGUCACGCAUGCGCAGUAAAAAAAUUAGGCACGAUUUUAGCCGAGUGAGCCUUCUGUUAGAUGUCUAUUCUGUGCCCGACGAAAACAAAAAUUAAUAAAAUAGAGACUUUGUCGUGGUGACAAAUCUGAAAA